AGCCGCUGUGACUCAGUAUGUCAACGAACACUCUAAUCACCACCAACCCGCCGUCCCACGACGCGGACGAAACUAUGCGAGAGGCCGUUGAUCGGUUCCGCGCGCGCAUGGCGGCUACCAACCGACAAUUCGUCCAGGACCGCAUCGAUGAGAUCAACGCACGGGGACUCGCAACGGGGAAGGAAAAGAUCCGCAAGAUUGACAACGACCCCGAGGAGCGCCGCAAGAGAAACCAGUUCCGGCAGACGCGGGAGUUGGCGGCAGUGCCCGCGCUGCUGGUCGAGGACACAUUCCCCCUGUUCUCCCUGGAUGGGAUCCACCCGCCGCGGCUCCGCACACCGGAAGCCCGCCAGAUCUUUCUCGACACCCUACAGGAAGUGUUCCAACGGCAGGCGGAGGAGUGGGCGGCCGCCGAGGACGAGUAUCUAGACUUAGCCUCGGAACCCAUUACACGCUGUGAGGAGCUGGGUCGACUCUUAAUGUAUGCCCACAUGGUGCAAGACCCGGACUUUCGCCACUCGGGAAUCGCCCCUUUGGAGGCAGGGCUGUUCGUGAUGCAUAGCGGGUAUGGACACUCCCUGUGUCUGGACACGCAGGAGCAGCGGGACCAAUACCAUGCGCAUGUCCGCAAGGAAUGUGCGAGGCUGCGCGAGAGUUUGGAGGGGAAGAACACAGACUUGAUCAAUAAGGCCAUGUUCCUGGCCGACCCGGAUGAGGAUCUGGAGGUCCGAGCGGGCCUGAUCAUGGGCACCGGCUACCGGGGGGAGUACCCGAAGUGGUACAGCGCGUACCUCUACUGCCGGAAGUAUCCAGACGAGGAUAUGGAAGGAAUCGAUUUCCAAGAUGAAGGUAUCCCCGACGCCCCCAAUAUCCGGGAGUGGGGGUGGCGCGUCGUCUUUAUGGAGGCUGAGGUGUGCCACGUCUUCGAGCCGCAUGUGCUCUACGGACGAAAGCCGCGCUUCGACUCGAUCCCCGAGUUUCUGGACUGGUAUGCGAGCUGGGCGGACAGCUUGGAUGCCCGCGGGGUGCUCAGUCUCCGCCGGCAUCUGGUGAAUGGUGAGACUGAUUCCGAGUCCGAUUGCGAGGAGCACUGUCCAUAG